AUGCCCACGCUGACCAUUACCAUUAUGCAUAUCCUGACCAUGGGCACUAUCAUGGUGAGAGUGCGGGAGAUUCCUUUGAGGGAGGAGAACCAAUGGAGGGCGGAGAAGUACUUGAAGGAGGAGAAGCAGUUGAAGGAGGAGAAGCAAUCGAAGGAGGAGAAGCAAUCGAAGGAGGAGAAGCAGUCGAAGGAGGAGACGCAAUUGAAGGAGGAGAAGCAGUUGAAGGAGGAGAAGCAAUCGAAGGAGGAGAAGCAGUUGAAGGAGGAGACGCAAUUGAAGGAGGAGAAGCAGUCGAAGGAGGAGAAGCAGUUGAAGGAGGAGAAGCAAUCGAAGGAGGAGAAGCAGUCGAAGGAGGAGAAGCAAUCGAAGGAGGAGAAGCAAUUGAAGGAGGAGAAAUGGAGGGAGGAGGAGCGGAGGAAGGAGAAGUGGUUGAAAGUUAAGAAGAUGCCAAGACGAUGGAAAGCUGAUUUAGUGGUGAGCAAGGACGACACUGAGCAGGCCUGGAAGAAUAGAAACAUGCUCACAACGGGUUCACAACGUGCUGAAAACUUGCUCACAACAUGCGCGCGCAUCUUGGAGGCAACGAGAUGA